AUGACACAAGAAGCUUCAAUGUGGACAGUCCCCCUUCUUGCAGGCGCGAGCCUGGUCUCGUCCUUCGUCACGGCGAACCUCUUUCUUUCUACGGCCGCGGAGCGACCCAGCAAGGCCAUGUCCCUCACAAUUAAAACUUUUGGCCAGUCAAGACACAACUCCCAGUCUCUUCUGUCGAGAAACACGGCUGUCGUUCUCUGUGUGCUCUCCCUCGUCAUCUUUUGCAUGAUCCACUGGGCGCUCACGAUUCGAAGAGGGUUUUCGCGCCAGGCCCUCAUCGUUGCUGCAUUGGUGUGGAUGCCUCCGAUGGUCACGCUGGCCGAGUACGUCCUGGUUUUUAUGCCAAUAACAUACAGCGCCCUCGUUUUGCUCUCGGUCGGGUUCCAGUGGAUAUCGGGGGAAUUGGGAACUUGA